AUGAUGCACAUAAAUGUCCUGGCAGAUUCUCUCAAGAGUAUUAACAAUGCCAAAAAGAGAGGCAAACACCAGGUUCUUAUCAGGCCAUACUCCAAAGUCAUAGCUGUGAUGAUGAGGCAUGGUUACGCUGGCGAUUUUGAAAUCGUUGAUGAUCACAGAGCUGGGAAAAUUGCUGGGAACUUCAUGGGCAGGUUAAACUGUGGAGUGAUCAGCCCCAGAUUUGAUGGGCAACUCAAAGAUGUAGAAAAAUGGCAGAAUAAUCUCCUGUCUAGCCAAUUUGCUUUCAUUGUACUAACCUCAGCUGGCAUCAUGGACCAUGAAGAAGGAUGAAACACACCGGAGGGAAUAUCCUGGGAUUUUUUUCUAGGGAUAUAAUACAUAUGUGCAAAUAAAAUGCCUCAA